UUCCGACUGAGGAGCGCGAGGCAGGCAGCGGGGAAAAAGUAGGGGGGCAAACAGGAGCUGCUGGAGGUGUCUGCGCCAUGGUGGUGUGAAUGAAGCCUGUAGUUCAUGCAGUUUGGACAGCAGUACAGUAGUCGCUCGUUGCAGGAGGGUAUAGUCCGCCGCGCGGUUGAACCUUAGCUGGAAUAUAUCGCAGACCGCCUCUUCUUAUUUGCGGCAUUGGCUAUUAUGUCGGCGGUCGACCCUGAAGCUAACGACGGGCACUUGGCAACAUCGACUCCCCGCAGAAAAGGAAUGGCCUGCAAGUCAAGCAAAAAUGCCAACAAGAAAUUUGUUCAAGCUCGUCUCCCAUUCAAGCGCCUUAACCCUGAACCUAAAGGCAACCAACCUGCAAAGCGUCCCUGUGCUCAUGCAUGCCCGAAACUUGAAGUCUCAGACCUGGACAGUGAGACCUCUCCGUUCUCUGUCCGCAGUGGCCCGCCGUUAAUUAAUGGCCGUGGACCCCUUGAUAACUUCCUAAGCUGUAGGCGUCCUGCGCCCUCAAAUAAAAGCAAUAUUAUUGAUCUGACUGAUGAUAACACUUCAUCCCCUGUAAAGAGUGCUGUCGCCGCCACUCCUGCCUCUCCCUGCCUUGCAACAAAAGACAAGCAUCCCCACAAGGACAAAAGAGCCAAAUCCAGCAGUGUUGAUCACACUCCUGAGACAUCCUCUGUAGAUUCUUUAGGCUGUGAUGUAAUUGACGAUGGAGGAGAAAAGGUGGAUGAGAACGAGUCCACAGAAUCGGUCUCAGAGCUCAGCACAACGCAGGAUUCGGCUAGCGAGCCAGAGGAGCAAAACAAACCCAAAAAUUCCUCUAGCCUGGGAAACAUGUCCAUGCUGUCAGAUUCAUCACCUUGCUCCACAUCUAAUAACUCCCCCAAGGAGUGCAAGAAUGAUGAGCCUGCCCUUCUGUCUACACCUGCAGAACCAAGGGCCGCCCCCAAGAGGCAGUCUGAUCAAAAAAAGCUGAAAACUGACUUUUUAAUGUUGAAUUUAAAGGAACAGGAAAGGAUUCAGCUGCAGCAGGAGAAAGAACGACAGAAGGAAGAGGCCAAGGCUGUAAAAGAGAAAAAGAAAGAAGAAGCUCGCAAACUGAAGGAGGAACGGGAAAAAGAAAAACGUGAGAAAAAAGAAAAAGAUGAGAUUGAGAAGAGGGAGAAAAAAGAGAAGGAAGAGAAAGAAAAAGCUGAGCGGUUAAAGGCAAAAGAAGAACUGCGGAAAUCCAAGAUUGAGGCCAAGCUUGAGGAAAAACGCAAGAAGGAGGAAGAGAAGCGAAUGAAGGAAGAGGAGAAACGUCUGAAAGAAGAGAAGGAUCGCCUCAAAGCCGAGAAAGCAGAAAUUACAAGAUUUCUGAAGAAACCCAAAACCCAACAGGCUCCAAAGAAACUUGCAGCUGCUUGUGGGAAGUUUGCUCCUUUUGAGAUAAAGGAAAACAUGUCUCUGGCGCCAUUAACUCGGGUUCAGUGUGAGGAAUCUGUUCUGGAGGAGCUGGAUCAAUUUUUGCUGGAACCUGACGAUAAUCUAAAUGGCCUGAAAGAAUGGAUCGGGAAGAAACCCAGGCGGUCAGGUCCCACCAAACCCAGACAGACCGAGUCACCCAGCGAUUGCAUGGCAGUGGAAGGCCCAAAAGCAGAUGGCAUACCAGACCGUGAGCGUCACGGACCGAUGAAGCUGCUCCAGUUCCAUGAGAACCACCGCCCAGCUUACUGGGGCACAUGCAGUAAAAAGAGCGUCCAUAUUUCACCUCGCUGCCCCUUCAGGCAGGACAAGGACUUGCUUGACUAUGAGGUUGAUAGUGAUGAUGAAUGGGAGGAGGAAGAACCAGGAGAGUCGCUGUCUCAUAGUGAAGGGGAAGAUGAAGAGGAAGGAGGCGAAGAUGAUGACGAUGAUGAUGGCUUCUUCGUUCCGCAUGGCUACCUCUCCGAAGAUGAGGGAGCGCUGGAAGAAGAGGAGGGCGGCGAUCUGGAAAAGCAAAAACUGCGACAGACGCUGAAAGCGAGGGAGUGGGACGAGCUGAUGUCCAACAAGAAGAAGAUGAAGGUGCUGGAGCCGGUGGUGAAGGGCUGCAUUUGGGAGGGCGACGGAUCUAGUCUGGAACAGUUUCAGUCCUACGCUAUAUGCCUGGUGGAGCCUUUACCCAAGACGGACACCAGUCCGAGCCCAGAAGAGCUGUCGGAGAAGAAUCAGAAAGAAACCCAGUUACUCGGUCAGUUGCUGCCCCUUCUGCAUGGUAACGUCAACAGCGGUAAAGUGAUCAUCAGCGAGUUUCAGGAGUUUUGCCGCCAGCAGUCGUGCUCCUCGCCGCCGCCCUCAGAUCUGUCCAGCCCUCAGAGCUCUGCAGAAAACAUCCCCACCAGAAUCUUGAUCAGGCGUCUGAUCAAGGACAACGCAGUGUACGAGAAGCGCUCCGCCUACCGGCGCUGCUGCUGGUACGUGAACGCCGAGGUCCUGUCCCGCUUCGGCCUGGAGGCCCUCCCCGUGCCCUGCCAGUGGAAUUACCUCCUCACAGGAGCCCGAGAGGAGGAGGCCCAGGCGGCCACGGGCUCUCAGGGAAACUCCCCCACCACGCCACAGACGUCCUCCACCACGCCCUCCGCCACCAGCAAGAGGAAAAGCACCGGGUGCAUGUCCAUCAGGAAGUUCAUGAAGAGGUGUUCCGACACAGAGGAGAAGGUCGAAAUGGAGGCCGAAGGUUUUCAGGCGGAUACUGAGGAAGACGACGAAGACGACUGCAUCAUUAUCUCCACAGAAAUUGGUCCUUCCAGGAAUGAAGACUGUCUCAUGGAAGUCACCCCCUCCAACAACGCUGCUCUGCCUGUAGCCAGCUCCGCGGCAACCCUCGCCACCGAGUGAUCAAGCUCCACUGUCUGUAGUUCUGUUUCCUGUUCGGGUUCUGGUCUUGCUGCAGGUAGCUUCUGUACAGUAUUAAAAGUCAACUUUACUACUACCCCAAACCCUUUCUUUUUUCUUUUUCUUUUCUCCUAACGAAAGAGUCGGCAAAAAAAGGCCAGUUUUUGACGAGCAUCCUAAGAAUCAUUAUUACAUUAUUUACGCAUUUUGAAUGUUUGAGGAAAUUGAAAAUCCUAUAUUUCAUGUGUAUAUAUUAACAAUUAUUGGAGGACAGAGCGGAGAGGCUGAAAGUCUAUCUGUACAUUUACCUGAUAGGUCUGUGGGUACAUUCAUUCCGCAGGUUCUACUUCUGACAACUCUUUUGGACUAGUGGUUAGAUCUGUUCUUGUACAGCUAGAGUUGGUGUGAGGGUGUUUUAUAAAUAUGUAUUUUCUGUAUCUUUUAAGAAUACUUGAACAGAAUUCAUUAAACAUGAAUAG